UUUUUCUUCUUUUUAUUUAGGUUUUUCAGUUUGUAAGAACAUGAGAGCUGAGAUUGUCUUCAUAAUUGAUGGUUCCGCCAGUAUUUACCCGAAAGAUUUCAAGAAACAAAUAGAAUUUCUGGAAAGCUUUGUAGAUCAUUUUACAAUCGGAAAGAAUGAUGUGCGAGUUGGUGCCGUAACGUUUGGCGAUAAGAUUAUUAUGGAUAACACUUUCGGUUUGACUCAAUACACCAGUAAAGAUCGACUGAAAAGUGGCUUAUCCCAGAUUGAUUUCAGAUACAAAGACGGUUCAAGUACACAAACGUAUUUAGCCAUCAAAUAUGCUCGCGAAACACUGUUCAGAGACGUCCGACCUGAAGUUAAGAAAAUAGCUAUUGUGAUCACGGAUGGGAGAUCGACGAUACCGGAGAAGACAGACGAGGAAGCGAGAAAGAUGAGGAAAGAUGGAAUAGUGAUAUUGGCCAUAGGUGUGGGAAAAUAUGCUUCAAAUGAAGAAUUACGUGUAAUCACUAACAGAAAGGAUUAUGUUUUCAUGAUAGAUAAAUAUUCCCUGUUGAAAGAAAUUCAACACAAACUGAGCGAAAUAACCUGUGAACAUACAGAUCAAGGUUGUAACGGAAAGGUCGACAUAAACUUCGUGUUCGACUCUUCUAGUAUGGGUUACGAAGAGACAAACACUGUUACUACCUUCAUCAUGGAUUCAAUCGUAUACGAGAAUUUUUCUGAGCAAAACCUCAGGUUUGGAACGAUUACUGGAAAGUGCCAAGCAACGAAAAGUAAGUAUAAAGCAAACUCGUUAUUGAUGACCUUUAGGGACAUUGUAUUUCGUUACGAAUCCAUGAUAUACUAAAAUGUAUAUCAAACG